GUGAUUCUCUCUUAAUAUUUUUUUUAAUUUCCUGAAUUUUAAUAAAUGUAAAUCUUUAAUAAAGUUAUAUUAUGUGAGUUUCAGUGAUUUUUGUUUGGCUUUGCUGGCCUUUGAAGAGCUUCCAAACCAAAAACCAAAAUCGAAUUUAAAUCAAUAUUAAUGUCAAUAUUGUCAAUGUCAUAUUGGACUGUUUUGUUGAUUUAAAUAAAAGUUAAAUUCCAUUCCAAGAAAAAAAUCUAUAUAACAACAUAACAUAAACAGAUUCUAGAUAAACUUAUGGUCAAGAUUUAAAUUAAAAAAUGUGGUCUCAAUAUGAUGAAAAUUUAUCAGCAAAUCCAUUUUUCAAAGAAAUCCACGAAAAUCACAGUGAUAUUAUUGAAGAAUCGUCAAUAAAAAGUUGGAUAAUCUGUGUGCCUAGAAAUGGAACACUAGAUGCUUCAGAAGUAACUGCAGACAUAAUAUUGGAUCAUAUUUUAGUUUUUUCAGAAGAAUGUAAUGAUAAUCAUUAUUUUACGUUAAGUAAGAAACAAAUCAAAGUUGAAGAUAAACAGCUAAUUACCGAUCUGAAUAAUAGCCAAACUAAUGUGGAUAUUUUGUUUGAAGAAACGUUUUAUGUAAAUGGAAGUACAAAGUUUAUAGCAUGGUGUAUAGACAGACCCUUAUUUUUAAAACGCAAAUUCUGUGAUUCUCAUUCUAGCAAAAAUUUGUCAAACUUGCACGAUUGUAUAGAUUUUAUGUGGUGUGAAAGCCUUAGUCAUAGUAUACUUGAUUCAAUUAAAAAUUUAGUUAACACUUUCAUGACAAAUUAUGAAUUAGAAAUAGAAAAUCUUCAAACUCAGAAGGAGGUCAUAGGUUGUUUGUUCUCACAAUGUUUGCAGAUUUGUUUUAAGAAUGACACUUUAAAAGAAAAAUGUACUCUCAACAGUCAAUUUUUAGAUAAUCUCAAAGUGGCUGUGGAAGCUUACAUGCAAUAUUGUUUAGGAAGAAAACUCAUGUUCAGCAUAAACACAGUAACUCAUCAAAAAGAUGGAUAUUUGAAUAAAAUCAUAAGAAAUUCAUCAGAUAUUCAGUACCAACAUUUAGGCAUUGAAAAUUACUUUUCAGAUGUCAUUUUAACAGCUAAAAGCAAACUAAAUCAGAUAAAUAGCUACUGGACUAUUUUAGAUAAAACUGAAUGUCUGAAGAAAACACUGAGCAUUAUUUUUGAAUCUGGCAAGAAUGUAAAAAGUUAUAUUACAUCUGAUAAUGUAUUACAAAUAUUAGUUUUUUUGAUACUGAAAUUAAAUGUUAAUAAUUGGUUUUCUAAUUUAACUUAUUUAAAAGAAUUUCAGUUCAGUAUAGAAAAUUCUGAUCAAACUGAAUUUUGCAUUUCAUCUUUUGAAGCCGCAUUAGAGUUUAUAAGAAGUAGUGAGUUUUGGGAUAUCAAAAAUAACCUCCAUGGUCAUUUAGAGUCUGGUGAAAUAGCUAUAAAUUUUUUAGAAAAACACAUAAAAUCAGGGGAUACAAAGACAUUGGCAAGUUUGCCAAUCAUGUCCAAAAAUGAAAUAGAUCAAGAUAUGUGCCAUCCUUUAUGUGCUUGUAUAAAUUGCCAAAACAUUAUCCAACAAAAAAGCGAUUCGUUUGACUCAUUUAUUCCUUUUGGUGAAAUCACUCAACAUUUUUUAAUUUUUGCUGCCUGUUUAGGAAAAUGUGAAGUCCUUGAAUUUCUACUUAACAGGGGUGUUGAUAUUAACUUUUCUGAUUGUUUCGGUAAAACGAGCCUUCACUAUGCAGCCAGUAGAGGCCUACAAAACGUUUUAUUGCUCUUAAUAAAUAGAAAAGCUAAUGUUAAUCUGACUGAUAAUGAAAAAAAUACUCCUUUGCAUUUAGCUAGCCUAAAUGGACAUGAAAAUUGUGCAAAAGCACUGCUUUACUCCUCACCAGACGUUGAGUUGAACAUUGGCAAUUCUUUUGGCGAUACACCCCUAAUUUUGGCUUCCAGAUGGGGUUAUUGUGAUAUAGUUAAAAUUUUAUUAGAAAACGGAGCUUCUGUUAUUGUAAAAAAUAAAAGAAACCAAACAGUUUUCGAAGUUGCUCCAAAUUUUUAUAUUGUGAGACUAUGUGAGAAAUACAGUGCACGACAAUAUAAAAAAACUGACAAAAUUAUCGAGUUUAGUAACAUAUCUUUAGUCACAAGUCAGCAAGAUAAUUGUAAAAGUCAUGGAAUUCGACCGAAAAGUACAGAUCAAUUCAAAAAAAUUGAAUUACUAUUAAAAUCUAUAGAAAAUAAUGAUUUCCCUUUGACUUGUUUCUACUUAGGUUACGGUAAUAAUAAUAUUCAAACUGUAGAUGGAAAUAAAUGCCAUCCCUUAUGUGUUUGUGAUAAAUGUAAAAAUGAACAAUUUGAUGAUUAUAAAGAUGACAACACUCAUGCUUCAAUUAAUGUAAAUAUGUGUGAUGCUAGUGGUUAUACGCCAUUACAUACUGCUGCAAAAUUUGGUAGAACUGAAAUUUUAAGAUUACUUUUAGAUAGCGGAGCCUUACCUAACGUAAAAACUUUUAAAACUUUAUAUACACCUUUACAUCUUGCUUGUAUCGAAGAAAGAAUUCAAAUAGUUCGAGAGUUGUUAAAAUGUGGGGAAUGUAGGGUUGACGAACAAGAUGCUAAGGGUAAUACACCCCUAUAUUACACCUGCGCUAAAGGUAACACUAAAAUUGCGGAAAUUUUGUUAUCAAACGGGGCUGAUUGUAACAAGAAAAAUUUUGCUGGUGAAAGUGCCUUAACACAUAGCGAAGAAAAUAUGCAAUUUGGUAUUUUUAGAUUGUUAAAAAAUAAUGCCCAGAGUUGGUUGCAAAAAGAUACAGAAGUAUCAUCAACAAAUAACUUAUUUUAAGUACUGUAUGUUUGCCUACCAUUGAAUUUGCUAGUCAUUUUUUAAGAUUUUUUAAAUAAUUAUACUUUACAAAUACAUUUUCAUGACAAAUAUUGUAAUAACCAAUUAAUUUAGAAGCUCCUGUAAUUAAUUUGUUUUUCUUUUAUUAUAUUUAUGUAUAUUUUUUGGAAAUUUUUAUUGUAUAAAUUAGGCAUAUUGCAGUUAUUUUUGUUAUAUCAUUUUAAUUUUCAUUAUCUAGUUUAAGCAAUUCUUUAAAACAUAAGCAGGUACUUACCAG